AUGAAGAACUUCCAAACAACCCGGCUCUCAUUCACCCCAGUCUCACUCUCGGACACAGUCGCACUCCACGAGCUCCGCAUCGAACCUGAGGUCAUGAAAUGGACCACCCAGAAACACACAGACACCUGUCUCCAGGAUACGGAGGAUUGGAUUCGGAAGGCUAUUCCGCUUACUGAUAAUAUGCCUCCUCCUCCUCCUCCUGGCGCUAGUAAUGCUCAAUCCCGAACCCAGGCCCCAAAAAAGGGCGUCGUUUUCUGCGUGCGAGAACUCUCCCAUCUUACAGCGAUGCAGGAGGGUAAAGCGCAAAAAGACAGAGUAGUUGGGAUAGUUGGGAUUCGGGAGGCGGGGUCGUUGUUUUCAAAGGCGAUGCAGUAUGAACUGGGGUAUAUGCUUGUGCCGGGUGUUUGGGGCCGGGGGUAUGCGAGUGAGGCUGUUGAGGGGAUAUUGGGGUGGUGGGUUGGGAAUCUUCGGGAGUUGGAUGCCAUUGAGGGUUCUGGAGGUAAAGGUGAGAAGACUGAUGAGGGAGAGGUGGCGGAUGAGGAACGGGUGUAUGCGGUUGUUGCGAAGGCGAAUGGGGCAAGUAUGAGAGUGAUGGAGAAAGCUGGGUUUUGGAAAGUUAAUGAAGGAGUGGAUAGUAAUGAUGGGAGUACGGAGCUUGCGGAAUUUUGUAUAUCAAUUUCCGCGUUGUAG